UUACCAGAGUUCAAGCACGCUGCGCAGGCCGGGUCGUCCGCAGUCCCUCUCGCCGCCCAAGUCAUGGCUCUGGUGCGCGCGUGCCGUGCUCUGUCGGUGCCGACGCUGGCGCGCCGCGCGCUGACGGUGGCGCCCCGCCGGCAGCUCACCUCCGUCUCCGCCGAGACGCCCAUUGGCGUCGUCGGUGUCGGAAAUGUCGGCGAUGCCGUCUGCAAGAACCUCCUGCGCAGCGGCUACAAGGUGGCGGCAAUGUACGACAUUGACCCCCGGCGCGGCGCGGACCUGGACGACCGUAUCCCGCGGGCCACCUGUUCCCGCCAGGUGGCGGAACAGUCCGAUGUCGUCAUCACGUGUCUGCCGAAGCCGGCCCACGUGGAGGCGUCGUACUCGGGCGCCGACGGCCUGCUGGCGGGGCUGCGCCCGGGCGCCGUGUGGAUCGACCACUCGACCACAGACUAUCAGCAGACCAUCCGGUACCACCAGCAGGUGAAGGAGAAAGAGGUGGACAUGGUGGAGGCCCCGAUCACCGGAGGGCUGUCCGCCCUGCAGACGGGCACCAUGGUCACCUACCUGGGCGGAGACAAAGCCGUCAUUGACUUGGUGUCUCCCAUACUUUCGGCCAGCUACACCGACCUCAUCUACAUGGGUCCUGUGGGCUCGGCACUCAUCACCAAGGUCAUGUCCAACAUGCUCUGCAUGGUGAACGCCAUCGGCAUGGCCGAAGCUAUGAUGAUCGCGAAGCGGUCCGGUCUGGACCUGCACCAGUUCUGGCACGCCAUACGCGCCGGGUGUGGUAGCAGCUUCGCCUGGGAGACGGCCGGGCCGUCGCUGAUGCGCGGCGACUACGACCCGACCUUCACCAUCGACUUGCACUGCAAGGACCUCGACCUCGGCUACCAGAUCGCCAAGACGCACCGCGUGCCCAUUCCGGUACACGCGCUGGUGCAGCAGAUCUCCAACGAGGCCAUGUACAAGUACGGCCCCGAGGCGGCGUGCUACUCCGGGCAGAGACUGUACGAGGACAGCUGCGGCGAGCAGCUGCGCUGCGACGGCUUCGAGGACUGGAGCUUCGAAAACCGCAUCAUCGACGGCAGCGUCGUGCCGCAGCACAAGAACAUAGACCCGCCGAAGCAAUGAGAGCGCCGGGAGUCGAUGUGGGUGCAGCUGGGGUUGGUCGUGCUGAUGGUCAUUCGCCUAUAACACGGUGCUCUCCUGUGCUAUGCGCUGUGCGUUAUGACAGUCAGGCUAUGUGACGGCCAUGCCGCCACCAAUACAUGUGGAAUGCGCUC